AUGUCAACGAAAGCUAUGAGUGCCACCGAUCAGUUCGAAGUACCCCGAGGCAAGUUGGUAGCUCUCUGUGCUUUUGUAGCGGUGGCGUCAGCUGGUCUGGUACCAGCCGCCGUACACUACUCCCCAGCAUCUGCCGUCUCCUCCCAGAGCAUUGUUCGUCACGAACAAUCUCACGCUAACCUGGCUUACGCCGCUCCAGUAGCUAAGCUCGCCGUUGCUGCUCCCGUCGCAUACGCCGCUCCCGCCGCAUACGCCGCUCCCGCCCAAGUGUACCACGCCGCCCCUGCUCCCGUCUACCACGCUGCCCCCGCACCAGUUGCCUACCACGCUGCCCCAGUCCACUACGCCGCUCCAGUCGCUAAAGUCAUCGCUCAACACGAAGAAGUUGCUUACCCCAAAUACGAGUUCUCCUACGCCGUAGCUGACCCUCACACCGGUGACGACAAGCAGCAACAGGAAGUACGCGACGGUGAUGUCGUGAAGGGCUCCUACUCUUUCCACGAAGCCGAUGGCUCCAUCAGGACCGUGGAGUACUCCGCUGACGAUCACAACGGUUUUAACGCGGUCGUGCACAACACCGCCCCCACCGCUGCCCCCGCCGUCUACAAGGCUGCCCCAGUUGUCCUGAAGGCUCCCGUCUACGCUGCCCCAGCUCACCAAUACUACCACUAA